UCCACUGAGGCAAAGUGAAAAUACACUCAACAUCCGGUAUGAUUAUAAGAGCAAAAAAUGGGAGAGAAAGAAAGAAAAUUGUUUCUGAUAUCAUUUUCUGCUACUAUCAUUAUUGUUAGUGCUAAACUUAAUCUAAAUCCGGUCAUUCUAAUGCCCGGAGACGGAGGAAGUCAGUUCAAGGCAAAGUUGAACAAACCUAGUGUAGUUAAAUGGUACUGCGACAGGAAGACAGACGAUUACUAUGACCUGUGGCUCAGCCUGAAACAGAUAGAACCAUUAGCCGUAACCUGUUUCGUGGAUAAUAUGAGGCUUGUGUAUGAUAAUGAAACAAGAACAACCCAUAAUUCGCCUGGCGUAGAGAUACUUAUUCCUGGUUUUGGUGAAACAGAGACAGUAGAAUGGCUGGACGAUUCGGACUAUUUCUUCACAAAAUAUUUUCACGACAUUGCCAAGGCAAUGGUCAGCUGGGGAUAUGAGAGAAAUGUGACGUUGAGAGGGGCUCCGUACGACUUCAGAAAAGCACCAAAUGAACUACACGACUUCUUGGACAAUGUAAAAUCACUGAUAGAAGAGACAUACUACAAGAACAACAACAAUAAAGUAGUUCUUCUUGGCCACAGUAUGGGCAAUCCAGUUACACUUUAUUUAUUGAAUCACAUGACCAGCGCAUGGAAAGAUAAAUUCAUUAAGAGUUUUAUAUCCCUGGCUGGAGUCUGGGGUGGUGCAGCCAAACCAAUAAGACUGAUGGUAUCAGGCGAUAAUUUGCACGUGCCGCUUGUACAUCCAAUCAAUGUUCGUCGCGAGCAGAGAAGUACGCCAAGUACUGCAUGGUUAAUGCCGUCAGAUGAGUUCUGGGGUCCUGAUGAGGUCCUUGUUGUGGCCCCUACCAGAAACUAUACAGUUAGAGAUUACAAACAACUCUUCAGGGACAUAGACUAUGAAACAGGUUACAUGAUGCUGGAGGACACCCACAGACUGAUACACCCACUGAGAGCCCCAGGUGUAGAAAUGCAUUGUUUACAUGGAGUUAAUGUCACCACACCUGCAGUUUUCGUGUAUGACAAUAAAACAUGGCAUGACAAAUGGCCGGCGGCCCUUCCCGACAACGGUGAUGGUACUGUGAACAUACGUAGCCUGCUAGGGUGCUUGAAGUUUCGUAAUCAACAGAAGCAGCCUGUUCAUCAUCACACGUUUCAUGCCGCAGAACAUAUGGAGAUUCUUAAACGAACAGAUGUCAUAGAAUAUUUAAAGAAUGUACUUAUUGGCCAGAAGAAAGCGGUUGAGAAAUUGAUUAGGUUUUACUUUGAAAAUGUGCGGAAGGUUUGUGAAAUUGAUACAAAUACUUAAUGGUGGCAGUGUCUGUGCGUUUGCAAUUUAUCUGAAUCAGUAUUCAGAGAUCCAGACCCAUUUACUGACAUAAUCAAAAUGAAUCAUCUUUAAACGAACUAUAUAUAGGCUACUAAGAUUUUUUGUAUGAAUCAUGAAACCUGUUGGAUGGACAUCUUCCUUAAAAGCGUUUUCAAAACAGAUUUCUAUGAACAACGACUUUCCAUAGAUUUCAUAUCGUCGAGGUACCUGUGAGGCUUUGUUAACGGUUUUAAAGUAUUAUUAUACAGGGCAUAAUCCGUAUACACAAAUGUAUUGCUUAUAGGGCUUUAUUCUCGAUAGUUUGGGCAACUAUUCCUUGAUACUGAUGAAAAAUUGAGGUAUAUGUUUAACUGUA